AUGUCAAAUAAUCGGAAGCGUUACAAUUUGUCGCUUAUGAGCGAAGAAGCUAUCCAACAAUUAAUGAAUUCUGUUGUUGAUGAUGAUGAUUCAGAAGAUGAUAAAAGCGUGAAUGAAGAAGACUUUGACAGCGAUGAUGAAGUUAACAUGCAAUUAGCAUAUGAAGAUUUUGAAGAAAUCGAUCAUUAUAUUGAUCAUUUAUAUAAUGCAAGUGCAAUAGAUCUUUUGUCAUCGGCAAUUAAUAUAAGUGUAGAUGAACCCAAUGAGUCUACUCCACCUUCUUCCGAGCAACCAAGUACCAGCAGUAACGCAAUGAAUAAAACAACAAAACAGCCACCAAGGAGGAAAAGAGCUCGAUCACCGUUACCACAAAUUGAAGAAGAACGGGGCUACGCCGAGGAAUUUGUGGGUACUGCUUUUGGAGUUGACAUAACGUCUGUACUGUGGAAAGACACAAAAUGUGUACGACUUGUUUCCACGUAUGCUGGCGUUAAGCCUUUCUGCACUUCUACUGAUACCUGUCAACCCCCAAAAGUGACGCGCUUUGAUAGAAAGAAAAAAGAGUAUGUGGAUAUCGAUUGCCCAACCAUAGUCAAAGAGUACAAUCGGCAUAUGGGUGGCGUCGAUUUAUUGGAUGGCGUAAUAGGACGCUAUCAUAUCCGUCUUAAAACCAAAAAAUGGGCUGGAUAUAGCGGUUGUCAACGCAUAUAUCAUCUACCACCGGAUUCAUGA